CAUUGAUUCAAGAGAAUAGAGUGAUAGACCAUCACCACAAGCUUUCAGUCAAUAUAUAUUAAAUUAUUCCAAGCAUAGCUGUCUUCCUUAUUCCAGCUCCUCAGUAUUCAUUUCAGGUUCAGAUCUCUCACGCAACAAACCGUACGUGUAGGGUUCUGCUUUCAAUUCAGCGUGUGUGUGUAUACGUGUAUAUGUGUAUAUAUAUAUAUCCUUUUUCUUUGGAGGGUUAAGAUAGCUCAGCUUCCCCCACCGACUUUGUUCAAGAACCCAAAAGAACAAGCAAAUUGUUCACUACUACUGAAAAUUUAGAUUAUGAAUAGCAUAGAGAUGGAUAACGAGAGACUAACUGCGGAAAUGGCGUUUAAAGACUCGUCCUCGGCUGUUAUCAAAAUCCGGCGACGUUUGCCGGAUUUCUUACAGUCCGUGAAGCUCAAGUACGUCAAAUUAGGCUAUGGGUACUCAUGCACCCCUGCCACUAUUCUGAUGUUCGUUAUGAUUUUGCCUCUGGCCUUUUCCUUAUUGCUUCAGGUCACUGGUUUAAAGCUGGACGGAGUUUCUGAGUUAUGGAUAAACCGGAGGGUUGUGUUCGAUGACCUCGUUAAUGCAGGCACGAAAUCGGCUGCUUCUGCUUUGUUUCUCAUCCUUUUUUGCAUCUAUCGAGCCAAGCGUUCCAAGCCCGUUUAUCUCGUAGACUUUGCAUGUUACAAGCCGGACAACGAACGGAAAGUGACCGGCGAUUUUUUCUUGAAGAUGAGUGAAGAUAGUGGAGCAUUCCAGGAGGAGAGUCUCCAGUUUCAGAGACGAAUAACGGUCAGGUCGGGUCUUGGCGACGAGACAUAUCUGCCAAAAGGAAUUACGUCCAGACCCCCAAAAUUAAGCAUGGAAGAGGCCCGAUCCGAGGCUGAGGCUGUCAUGUUCGGAGCAUUGGAUGCGCUUUUUGAAAAAACUGGCAUUAGAGCAAAAGACGUCGGAAUCCUUGUUGUUAACUGUAGCUUGUUCAAUCCAACCCCAUCUCUGUCCUCCAUGAUUGUCAACCAUUACAAGCUCCGAACCGACAUUAAGUCCUACAACCUUGGCGGCAUGGGUUGCAGUGCCGGCCUUAUUUCGAUCGACCUCGCAAAAGAUCUUCUUAAUGCAAACCCCAACACGUACGCCCUCGUUGUAAGCACCGAAAACAUCACUCUCAACUGGUACUUCGGCAACGACCGGUCGAUGUUGUUAAGUAACUGCAUCUUCCGCAUGGGGGGCGCGGCAGUGCUCUUAUCGAACAGGGCACAGGAUCGGGGCCGAUCUAAGUAUGAGCUCAUCCACACGGUUCGAACCCACAAAGGCGCAGACGACCAAAAUUACAACUGUGUCUACCAGAGAGAGGAUGAUAAAGGACUUGUCGGGGUUUCCCUCGCUCGAGAAUUAAUGGCGGUGGCCGGAGAAGCAUUGAAAACGAAUAUCACGACCCUGGGUCCUCUGGUUCUGCCAUUUUCCGAGCAAUUCAUCUUCUUCGUUACGCUGGUGAGGAAGAAGAUCCUGAAAGCGAAGGUAAAGCCAUACAUACCGAACUUCAAGCUGGCUUUCGAACAUUUCUGCAUACAUGCAGGCGGAAGAGGGGUGUUGGACGAGUUGGAGAAGAACUUGCAGCUGAGUGAGUGGCACUUAGAGCCGUCAAGGAUGACCCUGCACCGCUUCGGAAACACGUCGAGUAGCUCGUUGUGGUACGAGCUGGCUUAUACGGAGGCGAAGGGCCGUGUUUCAUCCGGUGAUCGAGUCUGGCAAAUUGCUUUCGGCUCGGGAUUCAAGUGUAACAGCGCAGUUUGGAGGGCGCUGAGGCCGAUUCCGGUGGGCGACAGCCGAGGUAACCCCUGGGUAGACUCCAUUGAUAUCUACCCGGUUAAGGUUCCUGUUGGGUAGGAUAUAUCACUGUACGUGUGGCGCAGCUCUGCGUGGAGGCCGAGGUACAGUACUCCAUGUGCCCAUGUGGGAGCUGCAAUAUGACUGUAUGUGUGGUUUUUUUUUUUUUUUUUUUCCUACCCUUAUAUUUGAGAAGAAUAUUGCUAUUUUAG